UGUUCUUGUUUUGCUUCUUUUCCUCCCUUCUUUUUCUUGAAGGUCCGAAAACCGUCCUCUCAAAAAUAUCGGCACAGAAACAAAAUUUCAGUAUUUUUCAAACGGAGAAAACUCCGACUCUGCCUGUUGAAUUUACACCUACUCCUCCCAGUCCAGUUUUCCGCAACAUUGGAGUCGUCUUCCGCCGUCAUCGAGCAAAGAGGUUCGACCGAUCCCAGGCCUCCAGUCCGCGGCGGAGGGAGGGAAAGAGGUCGCUGGGAAUCGGGAUGGAGUCAGCAGUGGGUGCCAGUGGGCCUGGUGGACCGGACGGACCGGACGGACCGGGAGGCCGGUUUAGAUGCGCCUCGUUCAACCAAGACGCUACGUCAUUGGCUUUGGGAACAAAGACUGGGUACAAGCUGUUUUCUUUGACCGCAGUGGAUAAACUGGAUUGCAUUCAUGAGAGUGCAGAGGCUUCCAACGUUUACAUCGUGGAACGUCUCUUCUCUAGCAGUCUGGUCGUUGUCGUAAGCACCACCACACCACAGCGUAUGAACAUCUACCACUUCAAGAAGGGUACAGAGAUUUGUAACUACAGCUACCCCAACAAUAUACUGGCUGUCAAGCUCAACAGACAUAGGCUUGUUGUAUGCCUGGAGGAAUCCAUUUAUAUCCACAACAUCAAAGACAUGAAGCUGCUCAAGACUCUGCUCAACAUUCCGUCCAACCCUUCAGGCCUCUGUGCUCUAUCCACCAAUCAUUCCAACUCCUACCUGGCAUACCCUGGCAGCACUACAAUGGGAGAGAUAAUAGUUUAUGAUGCCAAAAAUAUGAGCACAGUGACGAUGGUCCCGGCACACGACAGUCCUCUGGCAGCUCUUUGUUUCAAUGCCUCAGCCACCAAACUUGCCAGCGCCUCAGAGCGGGGCACUGUAAUCCGAGUGUUUUCCAUUCCUGAGGGCUUCCGUCUAUUUGAAUUCCGUCGUGGCAUGAAGAGGUACGUCAACAUAAGCUCUUUGUCCUUCAGUCCUGAUGCCCAGUUCCUCUGUGCUUCCAGCAACACCGAAACAGUACAUAUCUUUAAACUGGAGCAAGAGGGACCAAGUGGAGAAGAGACAGACACUUGGUCAGCUUAUGUGGGGAAGAUGUUCACAGCAGCAAGCAGCUACCUACCUGCUCAGGUGUCUGGCAUGAUGAGCCAGGACCGCGCCUUUGCCACAGUUCAUCUCGUUACGUCGGGCCAGAAUAUCUGUGCUCUGGCCACGAUCCAGAAGCAUCCACGUUUGCUGGUGGCUACAGCUGAUGGCCAGCUUUUCAUCUACAAUGUGAAUCCACAGGAUGGAGGCGAAUGCAUGUUGGCAUACAAUCACAGGCUUUUGGGUGUUGACGACCUGAUGCCAGCACAAGUGUGUCCCUCAUAUGCUGCAACUGUUGCCUUACCAGCAUCUAGUCCCAUCACAGCAACUCUUACUGGUUACUCUGAAGAUGGUGGGGCAAAGAACGGGGAAGUCAUCCCAGAACACGAGUUUGCUGAUGGACCCGUGUGUCUGGAUGAUGAGAACGAGUUUCCUCCUGUGAGCAUCCAGAAGUGCUAACUAAGCAAGCUCCUGUAGUAGUUAAACCGAUUAGUUGGUGUCGUGAUGGGACCGGAGUCGGCCGGGGGAGGCGCUCGUGAGAUGAUCAAGGUCAGCCCAAGAAAGCGAGGCAAGCAGGAAAACACUUUUCAUGGUGCCAAGCUCCACUUUUAGCAAUGACAAUAGUUUCAAUUAGAUUUUGAGAAACAAGGCACUAACAAUUAAAAAAAAAAAAUCCUAUACGGUAAUAGUUACAUAAAUGUGCCAGUUUGCCAGUGUUCCAGAACAAUACCUUAACGGUAUGAAUCUGAUUUUGUCAAAGUGGCCUCAAACUUUUUACAAUUUUAUUCACAAUAUCAUCUGUGAGAUUGGAGGUUUUAUUUUAUUUUAUUUUUAGUCAUGAUGGCAACUUAAAAGGAAAUCAGGGAGAUAAUGCUUCAGUGUUUUAUGAAUAUUUGAGGUGCAUGCUGGGACAGCAAUAUAACCAUGAUUUUCAAAGCUCUAUUACUUGACAAAUAUUUUAUUAAAGUGUAUUAUUGUAGCAACAUGGUUUGCCUAAAUAAUAUCUUUAGUUCAUAUUCAUAACAUCUCAUUUUUAAUCUGUAUUUUAUUUUAAGUGUUGACAUGAGUCAUGUGUCCUGAAUACAGGUCAGAAAAUCUAAAUGUACUGUAUGUUGUUUGUGUCUAUUAUCAUUUGUAUAACAAAGCAAAGUAUUUUGCUGAUUGCACAAAACCAAAACAAAUAAACAAGGAAAGAGGCAUAAAACUGCUAAA